AGGGCCUGAGGCAGCACACCUCUCUCCCAAACACCCCUGGGCUGAGUUCCUGGCUGGGCUCCUCGGUGGCGGGCCUGGGGCCUAGCUCAGCUGACAGCUCAGCAAGUGGUGUCCCUCCCAGCCGCCCUCCCCGACUCUGGCCAACCCUGCCAUGUCGGACUAUGAGAACGAGGAGGAGUGCUGGAGCGCCCUGGAGGGCUUCCGGGUGAAGCUCAUCUCCGUCAUCGACCCCUCGCGCAUCACGCCCUACCUGAGGCAGUGCAAGGUCCUGAACCCCGACGAUGAGGAGCAGGUGCUCAGCGACCCCAACCUGGUCAUCCGCAAGCGCAAAGUGGGCGUGCUCCUGGACAUCCUGCAGCGGACCGGCCACAAGGGCUACGUGGCCUUCCUCGAGAGCCUGGAGCUCUACUACCCCCAGCUCUACAAGAAGGUCACGGGCAAGGAGCCCACCCGCGUCUUCUCCAUGAUCAUCGACGCGUCCGGGGAGUCGGGCCUGACGCAGCUGCUGAUGAGCGAGGUGAUGAAGCUGCAGAAGAAGGUGCAGGACCUGACGGCGCUGCUGAGCUCCAAGGACGACUUCAUCAAGGAGCUGCGGGUGAAGGACAGCCUGCUGCGCAAGCACCAGGAGCGCGUGCAGCGUCUCAAGGAGGAGUGUGAGGCCGGUGGCCGGGAGCUCAAGCGCUGCAAGGAGGAGAACUACGACCUGGCCCUGCGCCUGGCCCGCCAGAGCGAGGAGAAGGGCGCCGCGCUCAUGCGCAACCGCGACCUGCAGCUGGAGAUCGACCGGCUCCGGCACAGCCUCAUGAAGGCGGAGGACGACUGCAAGGUGGAGCGCAAGCACACGCUGAAGCUCAGGCACGCCAUGGAGCAGCGGCCCAGCCAGGAGCUGCUGUGGGAGCUGCAGCAGGAGAAGGCCCUGCUGCAGGCCCGGGUGCAGGAGCUGGAGGCCUCCGUCCAGGCCGGGAAGCCAGAGAAGAGCAGCCCCUACAUCCAGGUGCUGGAGGAGGACUGGAGGCAGGCGCUGCAGGACCACCAGGAGCAGGCCAGCACCAUCUUCUCCCUGCGCAAGGACCUGCGCCAGGCCGAGGCCCUGCGCACCCGGUGCACGGAGGAGAAGGAGAUGUUCGAGCUACAGUGCCAGGCCCUGCGGAAGGACUCCAAGAUGUACAAGGACCGCAUCGAGGCCAUCCUGCAGCAGAUGGAGGAGGUCGCCAUCGAGCGGGACCAGGCCAUUGCGACGCGGGAGGAGCUGCACGCGCAGCACGCCCGGAGCCUGCAGGAGAAGGAUGGGCUGCGGAAGCGGGUGCGGGAGCUGGGCGAGAAGGCCGACGAGCUGCAGCUGCAGCUGUUCCAGUGCGAGGGCCAGCUGCUGGCCGCAGAGGGCAGGCUCAAGCGGCAGCAGCUGGAGACACUCGUCCUGAGCUCUGACCUGGAAGACAGCUCACCCAGGAAUUCCCAAGAGCUCUCGCUCCCCCGGCACCUGGAGGAAGACACACAGCUCUUGGACAAAGGUGGCCCGACAGACAGGGAGAGCCCAGAGCAGCCAUUUGCAGCUCUGCAGAAGGAGCGGCUUUCACUGGCCUCCAACGACGCAGGCCUGAGCGGCGGGGAGCCCCCCGAGAAGGAGCGGCGGCGCCUCAAGGAGAGCUUCGAGAACUACCGCAGGAAGCGCGCGCUCAGGAAGAUGCAGCACGGCUGGAAACAGGGGGAGGUAGACUGGGAGAACACCACGGGCAGCGACAACACCGACACCGAGGGCUCCUAGCCGGCCGUGGGAGGACCCC